UGUAUUUUCUGCGUGUCGUGUCAUUUAUUCAUUUAUUUUUGGUUCUUGUUUUGAGGCGACGAAAAAAUUGAGCAAUGAAAUUACGUUUCAAUUCGUUUGACAUCAUUUGUGGUGUCACGGAGCUGCAGAGUCUUGUAGGACUCCGUGUGAACCAAAUCUACGAUAUCGACAACAAGACAUAUUUGAUUCGUCUUCAAGGCGGAGGCGAAGCCAAGAAAGUUCUAUUGCUAGAAUCCGGCAUACGAUUUCAUACAACAUCUUUCGAAUGGCCCAAGAAUAUGGCACCCUCGGGUUUUAGUAUGAAGCUCAGGAAGCACUUGAAGAACAAGCGAUUGGAAAAACUUUCGCAGGUUGGUACCGAUCGUAUUGUUGACUUUCAAUUUGGCGCAGGAGAAGCAGCCUAUCAUAUAAUACUCGAACUUUACGACAGAGGAAAUAUUGUUUUGACAGAUCAUGAAAUGACUAUAGUGUAUAUUUUACGAUCUCAUCAAGAGGGCGAGGAUGUCCGAUUCGCUAUUCGAGAGAAGUAUCCCAUUCAUAGGGCUAAACAGGAAGCUAUGCUGCCAAGUGAAGAUGAAUUGAUAAACAUCAUAAAUACAUCUGAGCCUUCCUACAAUAUGAAAAACACGCUUAUGUGUCUUCUAGAUGGUGGCCCUGCUGUAGUGGAACAUCUUUUGAAAAAGUAUGAACUCGAUGACUGUUUUAUUGCCGCCAAAGAUGACAAUGGUAAUAAAGUAGAUGAUGCUGAGCAGCAAAAGAAAUCCAAGAAGAACAAGAACAAGCGCGAAGCAGCAAAGCAAGUCAACUCAAGACCAUUUAACAUUGAAACGGAUCUAAGCAGUCUCAUGGCAGCUCUAAGGGAAGGCAAUGAAAUACUCCAAACUGCCCGACAAGAAACAAGCAAAGGCUACAUAGUACAGAAAAAGGUUGAGAAGCCCUCAACCGAAACGAGCGGCGGAGAAGUGGAUCAUUUCUACCAGAACGUAGAAUAUCAUCCUCUUAAAUUUUGCCAAUAUGAAUGUGAAUCUAUUGCCACGUUUGAUUCAUUUAUGCUGGCGGUAGAUGAAUUUUACUCUACGCUAGAGGGGCAGAAAAUCGAUAUGAAAACUUUGCAGCAAGAGAAGGAAGCUCUUAAAAAAUUGUCCAAUGUCAAGCUUGAUCACGCUAAGCGUUUGGAGAACCUGACCAAAGCGCAAGAAACCGACAAACAAAAAGCAGAAUUAAUAACGGCCAAUCAAUUACUUGUUGAUAACGCAAUUUUAGCUAUCAGGUCAGCAAUUGCGAAUCAAAUGUCCUGGCCGGAUAUACAUGAGUUGGUAAAGGCCGCCCAGGCUAAUGGUGAUCCCACAGCUGCUUCCAUCAAUCAAUUGAAAUUGGAAAUAAAUCAUAUAACGUUACGGUUAAGUGAUCCCUACGGCAGCGAUGAGCAGGACGAGGAGAAUUCUCUAUCAACUCUACUGGUGGAUGUAGAUCUCGCUCUUUCGGCAUGGGCAAACGCCCGCAAAUAUUAUGACCUUAAAAGAACUGCUGCUCAAAAAGAACAAAAGACAAUAGAUGCUUCCCAAAAAGCCCUUAAAUCAGCCGAAAGAAAGACACAGCAGACUCUAAAGGAUGUCAGAACUAUAUCAACCAUCUCCAAGGCGCGCAAAGUCUAUUGGUUUGAAAAAUUCUAUUGGUUUAUAAGUUCAGAAAAUUUUCUAGUUAUUGGUGGAAGAGAUGCGCAACAAAAUGAACUCAUUGUCAAAAGAUAUAUGCGUCCAAACGAUAUCUAUGUGCAUGCUGAAAUUCAGGGUGCCAGUAGCGUUAUUGUUCGUAAUCCAAGCGGAGCAGAUGUUCCCCCUAAGACGCUAAUUGAAGCCGGCACAAUGGCUAUUUCCUACAGUGUGGCUUGGGACGCAAAAGUGGUGACAAAUGCCUACUGGGUACGUAGUGAUCAAGUCAGCAAGACGGCUCCCACGGGCGAAUAUCUUGGUACGGGCAGUUUCAUGAUACGUGGAAAGAAAAACUUUUUACCGUCUUGUCAUCUUAUAAUGGGCCUUACUUUGCUUUUCAAGUUAGAGGACAGCUUCGUUGAAAAACAUCGCGGUGAAAGGAAGGUGCGCACUUUUGAAGAAGAGCAGCUGCACAAUGAACAGCAGGUAUUGACGGAAAAUGAGAAAUUAGAUGAUGUAGAAGAAGUCGAGGUGGAACUGGACGAUGACAACGAGCAGCCCCAAUCAGAAUAUCCGGAUAUUCAGGUUAAAGUAGAACACGACACAGGACGUAUAACCAUCAAUAACGAGGAAAAAACAAAACACAUCGAGGAUACUGUCGAAACACAAAAAGACGAUGACCAAAACGAAGAAGAGUCAACAAUUAUAGCUGCAGCUCCGUCCCGUAAAAAACAUCAGAUGAAUGCAAAGAAACGCAAGGAAGAGAAAGAGCGCAAGACGCAACAAAAGCAGCAAGCCCAACGGCAAUUGUCUGAAGAAAGCGAACAUCGUAGCAACCAGGCUAAACGAGGCCAAAAAGGAAAACUCAAGAAAAUUAGGUCCAAAUACAAGGAUCAAGAUGAAGAGGAGAGGCAAUUGCGCAUGGAAAUUCUCAAAUCGGCAGGAAAGAAGCCAGAAAUUGUCGCUGAUCCCAAAUUAGAAGAAUGUGCUAUGGCAUUGAAAAGUAACAAACCCAAGCAACAACCUUUCGAACCGAAACAGGCUGCAACGCAGGAGCCUGACGAUGAUGAUGCUGACGAGAAAAACACAGGAGCCGACGUGGACAUGAUUGACUCACUAACCGGACAACCCUUCGAGGACGACGAAUUAUUAUUUGUUAUCCCCAUGAUAGCCCCUUACCAGUCAAUACAACAUUACAAAUACAAAGUGAAAAUAACACCUGGAACUGGAAAACGUGGAAGGGCGGCCAAGACAGCAUUAACAAUGUUUUCUAAAGAUAAAAUGUGCACCAAUAGGGAGAAAGAUUUGCUUAAGAGUAUUAAAGAGGAAGCAUUGGCGCGCAACAUACCGGGCAAAGUAAAACUGUCAGCGCCACAGUUGCAGAAAUUUAAAAAAUAAAUUACAUUUGAUUGAUAUUGUUAUUAUUGCACCAACACAAUGUAAAUAAAAAAUACAAAAAUUAUUUAAUUAAA